AAUAGUAAUAAUGUAAUGGUAGUGGUAACAUUAAUAUUGAUAAAUUAAUAAUAAUAGGAAUGACAGUUAUAGUAACAGAGCCAAUAACAAAAACUGUAGUAGCAGUUUGUUAUAAUCUGAGUCAGACAGGUAGAGGUUGGUUUUUGUCCACCUACAGUGUGGGGACCAUCAGCUGGAGGUCUCAGGUGAAUAAAAGAGUUCAACAGCUCAGGUAAAGGAACAUUUCACUGUGUUUUCUGAGCAGAUCUGUUGUAGCUGUUCAUUCAGUCUGCUCUGUAAAUCUGGCCAGUUCGAGCUUGCAGUGCACGAGGUAUCACAGCACCUUCACCUGGUGUAUGACAGUGUUUUCUGCUCUGUCUAGCCUUGUUUCAGCUUCACUGAUCCGUCUUUCUGUCUUCUCAGUUCCUUUAUCAUUGAAAUCAGUUUGCCAGCUGGCCAACAAACACAAAUAAGUUAACAUUUAAAUUUAAAAAAAAGAUUGCGAUUAAGAUUAAUAUGUAGGAUUUGGAUCCUGUAAGGGUAUAUGUGCUUGUGAUACCUUUUCCUUACUGACUUUAGUUUAGAGAUGACGGGUUAGGGGACCUUUGUUGUCAUGGUUACAGUAAAAACCAUGCGGUUAAGGUUGGUGAACGAUGGUGGUCAUGGUUAAAAGAAACCAACGUUGACUGUUGGUAGGAAACAGGAAGGUUGAGUGUUUCUUGUUUUCUUUCGUACCAUCGCCAGAUAUAUUUCUGUUCACUCUUCCUAACAAGCUCAUGCUCAGAGUUCUUCAGUUCACUGAUGAGUUCCCCAGCAGUUACAGUCACAUUGAGACUGAACUAAUCAACAAAAACUGUAACAAUCUAAUCCAGUCUGUUAAAACCAAACCUGCAGCCUCAAAAACAACAAAGAUGAAUCAUGUCGUCAACAACAAUGAAACAUUUCAAGGUUCACCAAUGUUGGACUUUUGCUUUCGGUUCCUGAGCUGACCAGAGAGAGGAGCGUAAAGUUGUGCAGACUACUUUAGAAGAGUUGCAAAAACAGAUGGAUGAUGACAUUCUAAAGAGACUCUGGUUGACCAGAGUUAAACGCUUAAUUAAAAACAUCGAGAGGAGCUCGGAUGAAAGAAAAACAUUGAUAAAGUCUGCAAUAGAAAACUGCAAGAAAGAAACCGUUCUGCAGUGGCUGAGAGAAAAUUCAGAGUCUGAAGCCUUCUUCAAACUCGUGGACAUGUUUCACUUCCUGAAAAAACACAUUGAUGAAGAAGAGAAGAAGAACCACAGCAACAGUGUCCACAUCACCAUUCUGGCUCAUGGAGCGAUCAGAGACUCCAUGAUCCCAGCCAGCUGCCUCCUGCCUCUGCCCACCAUCACAGACGUGAUCCUGUAUUCUCCCUGGAACUGCACUAUUCAUGCUGAUGCAGUGUAUGGUGUCGCCACAGGACUCAUGAAGCCGCAGCACAGAGUUUUUAACUGUAAUACAAAAGACGGAUGUCAAAUUCCUGAUGAAAAGCAUCGGCCCACAAAACUGCCAGACUACUGGAACUCAAUGAAGAGAGCUGGAGAUCGAAUGAUUCCCAACAUCACGCUCAGUCCUCUCACACCACCAGAGGACGGUUUCUGGAAAAGGUUUGAGUUUCUCACAAAAAAAUAUGGCCAAGUUGAGAGAAACCGCAUCAUCAUCCCGUUCAUCCUCCCAGCAGAGAGCGAGCCUUUAAAAAGUGUCCCGUUCUCUGUCGUCUCUCUGGCCUUGUCUCUGGUGCUGCUGUCCUCCAGGUUUCAAGCCACCGUCCAUCUGGCUGCCUGUCUGGGUGAUCAAUCUGCUGGACAGAAGUUUGACAAAGAGUAUCUGAAGACUCAGUAUGCCUGCACUGUCGACAACACUACAAUGACAUCUUCACCAGACAUGUUCACUGUAAACUGGACAGAUGCUCUUAAACGCUGGUUUGGUUAAACAUCUUCCAUGUUUGAGGCUCUUCAGUGUCAAAACUACAAAACUGAGUGAGAAAGCAUCAAACUGUAAAUUCAGCUAAGAAGCUUUUUUACUUUUAUUUUGUUAAGUACCUCAGAGGUCACUUCCUGUUUUAGUUUUCUGGGUGUGUUUACAGAUUUAGUUAUGAUCCUCAGGAAAUGACUGGUUUAAACUGUGUCUUGUAUCAGAGAAACAGCUUCUAGUAUCUUCUACAUGUUGUCUGACUCUUUCCCAGAGUUUCUUCUGCAGCCCAACCAUCUGUAACGUUCCUAUAUUUCACUUGGACCAUCGGCUCCAUGAUACUAACUAGCUUCCCGUUUGCAAAUCACACCAUUUUUUUCUGAUAUUACUUGGUCAAUAUUGUUGUUCUUGACUUUGUACAGUGUACAGUAAUGUUUUAGGUUUGCUGUUGUUGAAAAUGAAUUUAGAUGUUUUUUACACAGAAAUUUUUCAUUGGUGUUCAAGUAUUUAGUGAUGUGAUAAUUUCUUUAUUCAGUGUCAGUUCACUAUCAAACAUUCUGCCACGUACACAGAAUUCAUCACCUUACGUUUUUUAAAUUUACAAUCCUCUCAAGCUUCAUUCAGACAUGAACGUUUGAAAAUUUGUGACAAUAGUGUGUAAUGAUUUUAAAUAAACAAUAUUAAUAUUAAACAUGAUGAUGAUAUCAUCCACACAUUUAUGCAGUAAUUAAUAGAAUCACAAAUUCAAUGAGCUUCAUCGUCUGUCGUCUGCUGCUCAAACACCAGAUGGCACCAGAGAUCAGUCUGUCACAUUCAAUCACAGACCAUCAGACAAACUGUAAUCUAAUGUAUAAUGAAAUUUCUAUAAUAUUUGAUUCAAAAAUACAAAAUACAAAUCUGUAUUGCGUUUUUGUUGUCAGGGGACAAUUUAUAGGAAACUAAAUAGCAGACAGCAAAAUAAAUAAAACUUUAUUUUAUUAUAACCUUGUGUGUCAGGGCUGUAUUGGAUUGCAUUAGAUUGUACAGGUGUACCAAAUAAAGUGUUCAGGGAGUGUAUAAAAAAAACUUUGUCCUUCACCCCCCGCGGG